CAAAACCGCCCUCAACAGAUUCCCGAGGAACUAGUGUUUCCACACACGCGAUCCGAUCUACAAUACGCACGUUACGCGAUGUUAUAAAGGGGUUUUCGAUAACGUUUUCGCGCCGACAGCAGUGAAUGAUAGAGCGCGUUUUAAACAGGCCACGUCAAAAUAUUACGAGAACAGAAACAUAGCUUUGCCUUUCAAUUUGCACUGGCAGAAAGUGUUCAAUGCAGAUAGGGUAACUCCAACAGCCAGCAGCCAAGAACGCUAAAUACAGAAAGAAGACAAUCCAAACCAUCAGCAUGUGUGCAGCUCGGCAUGAUCCUGGCAGAUUCGAGUUCGUGGCCAGGAUGGGGCGGUUGACAAUCGGGACUGAUGAGGAGAAUGAAUCCACGAAUAGGGUGCCCCUGUCCUUUAUCAUGCCAGUUCUACCUCCCAGACAGGAAAAACUUGGGAGAAGUCUGCGUGCCUCUAAGACGGUGGAUCUACCUGGCGACUACCAAUGUGACGAAGAUACAAACAGGCGGGCAAACACAUCGAGAACCGACACCCCCACGAGCGCUACCACAUUUCGUCGGCAAAGUAGUGAAGAAAGUCUGGAAAGAAUAUGUCAAAGUCGGAAGAAACAGGACCAUGCAAGAAAGAUCAAAGUACAAAAUGUAGUGCCUUCUCCCACUUCGUCACAGCGUACAAGUAAUGGCGCCUUGCCACAGAGUUCCCCUACUCCCCCAGAAACCAGCGAUGUAUCCUGAAGUCACGGUUAAGAUAUGGUUACAUAUAUGUCUCAUCAUUGUAGCGAUAAUAUGUACUGCAAAAUAAUUUCUAUCAAUAUAUAUAAGAAUUUUUCGUAAUCACUAACGUAUUUUGUUUAGUAUAUGAUAGUCUGUAACAUUAUAUCAAAUACAUCUAUAAUUAUGCCCAAUUAUGUGUAGAACGUAGUAUCAAGGUAUCUGUUAGUCUCGAGUGUCCAGCUGGGGUGUGUAUUUUGUCCUUCGUUGUUAAGUUUUUAUUUUACAACUCUUCCUUCGACAGUGAAGUCGGUUUGGUACAAGGAAUUAAAAAUAACCCUGAAUUACAGUUACUGAUGUUUACAGAUGAAUCUGUGUUUAUGUCUGACACAAUAUUUGGUCUUUUUGACGUGUUGGAAGUGUUUAAGAAAGACCAUCAGUUUAAACAAAAUAAUUUAUAGUUUCAAGUAUGGUUGUGCGACACACAAAGAAAUCAGCCCAGCAGAUAAGUGCAGUGUUUUUCACUGAAUUGUGCACUACGUGUUACAAGCAUGAAAUGUGGCAUGAUUGUAGCUUAUUCCCUUCUUAUCAAAGAAAGAUCGAGAGGCCUUGCAGAUUUUAUAUAUAUAUAUAUUUUGUUUUUGGAGGGAAAAAAUUGAAAAAGAAUAUAUAAAAUUACUAUUUUCGUCAUAACGUUUUCUAAACUUCUCCCAUUCUCAUAAAUCAUAUACCAAAUUGUAGGAAAUUCACAGCUGAUCAUGUUUCAGCAUACAUACCUUUCUCUCUUUAACGGUUACGUCUACGAUAGUCAAUUUAAUGGAAAAAAGGGGAAAUUGACAUAUUUUUCAAAAUGGCCGCCAUAAAGACUACAUCAGUAAAAUAAGUAUGAGAUCAUCCUGUGAUCUAACUUUUUUAUCAUUUGUUAGCAAAUUCUAAACGAGAAGCCUCGCAGAUAUUGGACAUUUUUCUUUUUCUUUUUUUUGUUUUGGAAAGAAAUUAAUUUUCCGAAAACAUUCAUCUUAACUCACUUUUAAAUUUCCAAAUACUAAUAAAUUAUGUAUCAUUGAUAUAGCGAGAACAAAAAUAUUAUUAGAUUUACUCAUAUGUAUAAUGUAUGAACUUGAUUGACUAUGGAUCACCUAUAAAAACCACAUCAAAACCAACGCAAACAUGUUUGAUUUGGCAAUCAUGCCAAAUUUCAUGCUUGUAACACGAAGUGCACAAUUUGAUGACUUAUCCGCUGGGAUAAAUAUGGUACACAGUUAGAAACUGUUUUUUCGCAUAUUUACAUGUAGAUGCUAUUUUCUUAAAAUAUUUCGUAUGCAGUAAACAUGUAGCCAAUACUUUUUCGGAUGCUGAUCAAGUUCUCUUGGAUUUAAUGCAAUCUUUGAUAUAUGUUUGAAAGAAUCUAUACAUAGACCGAAAUAAUUAUAUGAAUAACAUUUGCCAUCGCCUCUGUGAUGGCUCAUAAACAUCCAGGAUGGGACUCAACCCAACAACAGUACUAGAAUCGGUACUUUACUGAGAAAGUGUAAUCCCAAAUAUAACAUGUGUUACAUUUGACCACUUUCUAAAUGGCAUUGUGUAGCCAUUUUAACAUAAACUUAAAACAUAUUUUGUCGUUGCACCCUCAACCAAAGUUCCUAUUAACCUAAAAACCACAUGUACUAGGAAAAAUUGUAUGGAACCUUAUAACAGAGCUGCGAUCCAUGUCUGGUAUGUUUCGCAUCUUUAAAACAUUAUUCAGCUUCAAACUGGUGACGAAUGUACAAAAAGGACAAAUACAUUUAACCUUCAAUGUUGCACUUAAAAGUACUAAACCUAAUGACUUGUAUUCGAUAUUUGAAUCAGCCUGGUGAUGGGGAUAUUAAACUUAUACA